UUUUUGCAGAUACGUUUUGCCAAAUAUUGCACACCAACGCAAACAUGACGCAUCUAGAGUUCAAAUGUUCAUGAGGUUGGUUAUGGCUCCGUGCAGCUGUUUUCAGGUCCCAUGAAAAGUCUGCAGAUUGAGGGUGAGCUAUGGACGUGAAGAGAUUUCCAGCUUUCGGCAUCAUCCCUUUGAGUGCAUUCUGCCUUUUCUCUGCGUGUUCCGCCAACAUACCGGGUUGUGAUGUCACAUGGAUUCCAUUUGAAAACAAAUGGUACACUUUUAUUCCAACUCAAGGAAAUGGCUACAAAGUAGGAAAAGCACAAGAAGUUUGCAAAGAUAUUGGUGCCAAUAUUGUCAGCAUACUUGGUGAAGAGGAAAAUAAAUUCAUUGUUGAUCAAUUGAAAAAGAAUGUGCAGUCUGAAACUAUUUGGUUGGGCAUGGUUUUUGAUACUGAUAGUAAUACCCUUACUUGGUUUGAUCAGUCUGCAAUGAAUUACUCAAAUUGGGAUUCUGGGGAGCCAGCAGCAGAACUUAAUGCUGACACAUGCACUGUCAUGGGCACAAAGUCAGGGAAGUGGAAAUCCAUUGAUUGUGAUGAUGACUUAGGAAGUUCAGUUAUGUGUGAAACAACAACAUCUAUACCUGAUGGAGAAAAAUGCACAAGACGUGACAAAAUUGUCUUACCAACAGUAUUAGUCAUCACAAUUGCUGUGAUUUUGAUGAUAAUUGCAAUAGUUUCAUGGUAUGCAUACAAAAGGAAAUAUCUCACUGCAAAUGGAUUUAGUUCUAUUCAGUAUGAUGCAGCAGAUCAAAUUACAGACAACAGUGUAUUGGUAGAGAAUGAAGAAAGAGAAUAUGAAGCAUAGCCUUUUAAUCAGAUGUGAUAUUAAAUAUAACUGUACAAUAAAUGGUGAAACAUGUUGCCAGUGAUUAAUAGUUUGAAAGACUUUUAUAUAUUAAGAAUUUUGUAUAUUCAACCUAUGGUUUUAUUUUACAAAAGCUUACUGAAUGUUAGCAUUUAAAACUGGCAAAAAAACAGUUCAUGAUGUAAAAUCUAUUUUAAAAAGUAAUUAACCCAUUAAAUAAUUUAGGAAGAUUUAAAAUCUUUUGUUUUGAGUUGCAUACUAAUGGGAAGUAUUAAGAACAAAAGAAAAAAGUGUAUGAUUCAUUAAGGUUAUUUGUUGUGCACGAGAUUCUGCUAUUUGUUCAGUUAUUUCAAUGAAUUUUGAAGAAUAUUGAUCUAUUUUUACCAGUUUUGACAACUGAUUAAAAUGAUUCUUUAAAAUA